CAGGAAGAGGGCGGGUGUUUGUUGAUGUCUGGCUGCGCGCGCUCUCCGAGAGCAGCGUCGGCCUUUUUUUAUUUUACAGUGUAUGCAAGAAGUGAAAAGAGAAAAUAAUAUUUAUGCUUUUGUGAGACAUUGCAUUUCUUUAUCAUAGUGGACGCGGGCCUGUAACCUGCACCGGAUCCACAGGCACCAAGAUGGGUUACCUCAAACUCAUCGAGAUCGAGAACUUUAAGUCGUAUAAGGGGAAGCAGAUAAUCGGCCCCUUCCACAAGUUUACCGCCAUCAUUGGCCCUAAUGGCUCAGGAAAAUCCAACUUAAUGGAUGCCAUAAGUUUUGUGCUGGCAGAGAAGACCAGCAACCUGCGUGUGAAGACCCUUAAGGAUCUGAUCCAUGGAGCUCCAGUUGGAAAGCCUGCCGCAAACCGUGCUUAUGUUAGCAUGGUUUACUGUGAAGACAGUGGUGAAGAAAGGAGCUUCAGUCGUGUAAUCGUAGGGAGCUCUUCAGAGUAUCGGAUUAACAACAAAGUAGUAGGACUGAGUGAUUACAGUGAAGAACUUGAGAAGUUAGGGAUUCUCAUCAAGGCCAGGAACUUCCUUGUCUUUCAGGGAGCAGUAGAAUCCAUUGCCAUGAAAAACCCUAAGGAAAGGACAGCACUGUUUGAGGAGAUAUCCCGUUCUGGUGAGCUUGCCCAAGAAUAUGAUAAGAGAAAGAAAGAAAUGGUAAAGGCUGAAGAGGACACACAGUUCAAUUAUCAUCGUAAGAAGAACAUUGCUGCUGAGCGAAAGGAGGCUAAGCAGGAAAAAGAAGAGGCUGAACGAUAUCAACGCCUGAAGGAUGAGCUAGUACGUGCUAACAUCCAGCUGCAGCUUUUUAAACUGUACCAUAAUGAAAGUGAAAUUGAAAAAUUGAAUAAGGAACUAGUCCAGCGUAACAAGGAAAUUGAAAAGGAUCGAAAGAAAAUGGAUCGGGUUGAAGAGGAACUGAAAGAAAAGAAGAAAGAAUUGGGACGUCUGAUGCGAGAGCAACAAACAGUGGAAAAGGAAAUCAAAGAGAAAGAUUCUGAAUUGAACCAGAAGCGCCCUCAGUACAUAAAGGCCAAGGAGAACACAUCACACAAAAUCAAGAAGCUGGAAGCAGCUCGCAAAUCCUUGCAGAAUGCUCAAAAGCAAUAUAAGAAGCGCAAAGCGGACAUGGAUGAGUUGGAAAAGGAGAUGGGAGCUGUGGAGAAGGCCAGGCAAGAGUUUGAGGAACGCAUGGAGGAAGAGGCCCAGAGUCAAGGACAGGAUCUUACCUUGGAGGAGAACCAAGUUAAACAAUAUCAUCGACUUAAAGAAGAGGCCAGUAAACGUGCUGCCACACUUGCCCAGGAGUUAGAAAAGUUCAAUCGUGAUCAAAAGGCAGACCAGGACCGACUUGACCUAGAAGAGAGGAAGAAAAUAGAAACAGAGGCAAAAAUAAAACAAAAGAUCAGAGAGAUUGAAGAAAAUCAAAAGAGAAUAGAGAAACUUGAAGAUUACAUUGCUACCAGCAGGCGAUCUCUUGAUGAGCAGAAAAAGCUGGAGGAAGAACUGACAGAAGAAGUGGAACUGGCUAAAAGGCGAAUUGAUGAAAUCAAUAUGGAACUGAACCAGGUCAUGGAGCAGCUAGGUGAUGCGAGAAUUGACCGGCAGGAGAGCAGCAGGCAACAGCGCAAAGCAGAGAUCAUGGAAAGCAUUAAGAGGCUCUACCCUGGCUCUGUGUAUGGCCGGCUAAUCGAUUUGUGUCAGCCUACACAGAAGAAAUAUCAGAUUGCUGUUACUAAAGUCCUGGGUAAAAACAUGGAUGCUAUCAUUGUGGAUUCAGAGAAAACUGGAAGGGACUGCAUUCAGUACAUCAAAGAGCAACGGGGAGAGCCAGAGACAUUUCUGCCACUGGACUACUUGGAGGUCAAACCAACUGAUGAAAAGUUGAGAGAAUUGCGAGGUGCAAAGCUGGUGAUUGAUGUCAUCCGAUAUGAGCCACCCCACAUCAAAAAAGCACUUCAGUAUGCCUGUGGAAAUGCUCUUGUUUGUGAGAAUGUGGAGGAUGCUCGUAGGAUUGCAUUUGGUGGGCCUCAUAGACAUAAGACUGUUGCCCUUGAUGGAACCCUGUUUCAGAAGUCUGGUGUUAUUUCAGGGGGUGCCAGUGACCUCAAAGCAAAAGCUAGGAGGUGGGAUGAAAAAGCAGUUGAUAAGUUAAAGGACAAAAAAGAGAAACUUACAGAGGAAUUGAAGGAGCAAAUGAAGGCCAAACGCAAGGAGGCAGAACUCCGGCAGGUUCAGUCACAGGCUCAUGGAUUGCAGAUGAGAUUGAAGUACUCUCAGAGCGAUUUGGAGCAGACAAAGACCAGACACCUUGCUCUUAACAUGCAGGAAAAAUCCAAGCUGGAGAGUGAACUAGCCAACUUUGGGCCAAGAAUCAAUGACAUUAAAAGAAUCAUCCAGUCACGUGAAAGAGAGAUAAAGGAACUGCGUGAUAGGAUGAACCUGGUGGAAGAUGAGGUAUUCUUGGAUUUCUGCAAAGAAAUUGGUGUUCGUAAUAUUCGUGAGUUUGAGGAAGAGAAGGUUAAGAGACAAAAUGAAAUCGCUAAGAAACGCCUUGAAUUUGAAACUCAGAAAACUAGACUUGGGAUCCAGCUGGACUUUGAGAAGAACCAGCUGAAGGAAGACCAAGAAAAGGUGCACAUGUGGGAGCAGACUGUAAAGAAGGAUGAAAAUGAGAUAGAAAAAAUGAAAAAAGAAGAACAAAGACAUAUGAAAAUCAUUGAUGAAACUAUGGCACAGCUUCAGGAUCUUAAAAACCAGCACUUGACGAAAAAAUCAGAAGUCUCUGACAAGAACCACGAAAUGGAAGAAAUUAGGAAAAAAUUGGGGGGUGCAAACAAAGAGAUGACCCAGCUGCAGAAAGAGGUUACGGCUAUUGAAACAAAGUUGGAGCAGAAGCGUAGUGACAGACAUAAUCUAUUGCAAGCCUGUAAAAUGCAGGACAUUAAGCUUCCACUGAAAUCUGGUACCAUGGAUGAUAUUAGCCAAGAGGAGAGUGUCUCUCAAGGGGAGGAAUCUGCAAGCAGCUCUCAGAAGACAUCUAGCACUGUACUAGCCAAAGAAGCUCUGAUUGAGAUUGACUAUAGUGACUUAUCUGAAGAUCUAAAAGAUCUUCAGACAGAAGAUGAGAUUAAGGCAGAAAUGAAUACUCUGCAGCAAAAACUAAAUGAACAACAGAGUGUUCUGCAGAGGAUUGCUGCCCCUAAUAUGAAGGCUAUGGAGAAACUAGAAAGUGUCCGGGACAAGUUCCAGGAGACGAGUGAUGAGUUCGAAGCUGCUCGAAAAAGAGCAAAAAAGGCCAAGCAGGCAUUUGAACAAAUCAAGAAGGAACGCUUUGACCGCUUUAAUGCAUGUUUUGAGUCAGUGGCUACCAACAUAGAUGAAAUCUACAAGGCACUUUCAAGGAACAGCAGUGCACAGGCUUUUCUGGGUCCAGAGAACCCUGAAGAACCAUAUCUGGACGGCAUUAAUUAUAACUGUGUGGCCCCAGGGAAGCGUUUCCGGCCCAUGGACAAUUUGUCUGGAGGAGAGAAAACUGUGGCAGCUCUAGCAUUGUUGUUUGCUAUCCAUAGCUACAAACCAGCUCCCUUCUUUGUUUUGGAUGAGAUUGAUGCUGCCCUAGACAACACGAACAUUGGAAAGGUUGCUAACUACAUCAAAGAUCAGUCGGUGAUGAAUUUCCAAGCCAUUGUCAUUUCUUUGAAAGAGGAGUUUUAUACCAAGGCAGACUCGCUCAUUGGAGUCUACCCAGAGCAAGGAGACUGCGUCAUCAGUAAGGUCCUGACCUUUGAUUUAUCCCUGUAUCCUGAUGCACACCCAAAUCCUUCUGACCAAUGAUGACUCAUUUUGAUGCUGGGAAGACAUCCAAAGUUCAAUGUUAUGGUUGUGGACUGAUCCCUGGAUUCUAUGUGUA